AUGACCAGUUGGGGUUUGUUUCAUCGAUGGUUUCAAACCUUGGAUAGGGGCCAGGAUCGUGGUAUCACUCGCCGGGUGAAGCUUACACAGGGUAACUUCAUCAACAACUAUCCGGUUCCUAAGGCGGUUUCUAACUCCAUCGAACAAAAAUACCUUCAGCAAGCUGUUGGGAAGCAAUUCUCUCAUCUUCGUUACACAGCAGCUACUUGUGACCUGGAUGACUUCACUCCCGAAAACGGGUGGAAACUUAGGACUGCAACCACUGGCAAUGAAACCAAAUUACUCAUCGCAGUCACGUACUACAAUGAGGAUAAGGUGCUCUUUGCUCAUACCAUGCAUGGUGUGAUGUUGAACAUACGGGACAUUUGCAAAUCCAACUCCAAAUUUUGGAAUGGCAAAGGGGCCGAAGCUGGCCAAAAGGGUAGUGGAUGGCAGAAAAUUGUUGUUUGCUUGAUUUUUGACGGAAUUGGGCCAUGUGACAAAAAUGUGCUUGAUAUUCUUGCCACUGUUGGCGUUUAUCAGGAUGGACUGAUGAAAAAAGAAAUCGACGGCAAAGAGACCGUUGCUCACAUUUUUGAAUACGCUACUCAGCUCUCGAAGAGCAAGAUGCAGGUCGAGAGCGAGACGAACGCGGCGGAGGCGGAGUGGAAGAAGCAGAGGAAAGAGAAGAAAAAGCUCAGACAGUUGGAGAGAAAACGGAAACGAGAUGAGCCCGAAGAACCCCAAGCGGAAGGACCACACCCGACCACUGACAAACAUCAAUCCCCACAUAAUCACGACCGAGUCGCCAAGCCUCAGACCUGUCCAGCUGAUAAUAGCCUUCCGAUCACUACUAGCUCUUUGGGACAAACGGAUAGUUCGCCAAAAACGGAAGCCUUAGUUGGAUCCACCAAUGAACUGGUUCCCCCGAAGAAGAAGAAACGAAAGGAACAAAAUCGACCUUUGGACGAUUUGAUACCUUCGGUGAUUGCCAACGAUGAAGCUCAGGACGAUCGACCACCGGGCUAUUUUAAUAAUCGUGUCCAAAUGACUGUCAUCUCUAGUUCAGCGGCGAGGGAGCCGAUUCCACCGUCUGAAUUCUCGGACAAGGCCGCCAGAAAACUUCAUUCUCCCGAGAAGGCUAAGAAAUCGCGGAAAGCAACUCAGAGCACGAGCGACUCGAUUCCGGCCCCUGAAUCCUCGGCCACGUCCGCAACCAAACUUGAUGCUCCCCAGAAGAAGGCCAGGAGUUCCGACACAGCAACUUCGGACAAGGGUCUCAAGACAGCGUCGCGAAAAGAUCAGGUAGACUCAACUCUGAAAGCCAAAGAUGCAGUAGAGGACCCCGAUUUAGAUCGAAUCUUGAUCGAUUCCUCAAAUCAAGAACUCUUGCAAGCAUCUCACUUGCCUCUCUUCUUUCAAGAAAAAAUCGUAAAUAUUACCUGUCGCGAGAUGUUGGCGACUAAAUGGUUAGACAUCACUCAUCUAAACGAGCUCACCGCUCUCUUCGGACUGAAAUUUAAAAAGGGGAUAUUUAGUACGGCGGAGAAAACGACGAUCGCGAAUAUGAUUCAAAAGUAUUGCCAAGAGCAGAGGAUAAGCAUGCAGCAAUUUAGGGAGCUGUUGACGCAAAAGAAGAAGAAAGGGGAGGGGCACAAGGUGAAAGAGAUAGUGCCGACGAUAUCGGACGAACUUCCGGGGCGGCCGUUGAUCUCGGUAUGGAAGUACAUCCGUAGGGCGUACGAUACGCGGUGCAGGCUGGGCCCAUGGACUCCGGAGGAAGAGGCCGCGUUGGUGGAGGCGCACAGGAAGCAUGGCCAGUCCUGGACGGCGAUCAGUGCAGCCGUUGGCCGGUCCGCGGAUGACUGCAGGGACCGGUGGAAGAAUCAAAGCUCUAUUCGGGACGUUAAGAAUCAAAAUAAAUGGUCUCAGGAGGAAAUAGAGCAUCUGAGGCAACUGAUGGUCAAAUCCAAAUCGAUUUACUCUGACCCGAAGUCUCUCAGCUGGGAUGGCCUGUGGACUUGGAUCAGUCAGGAAAUGAAGGGUCGUCGUUCUCCACUUCAGUGUAGAAACAAAUGGGUCCGGACCUUACAAUGUAGAUGUGCCAAGGAUGGCGAAAUAAGGCUUUGGACGAAUAGAGACACUUUACACUUGGCACAACAACUAAAGAAAUUGGGUCUAGUUGAUGAAGUAGAGUUCGAUUGGAAACAACUCUUGAAUGCAGUCGAAGGCUGGGAGGUUUAUAGUAAACAAUAUAUGCGACAAAAAUGGAAGAUGAUUCAGAAGUAUGAGCAGAAGAAGCACUGCAACGAUUGGGAGUGCUCGCGGGAAUCCGCCGAUUCCAGUGAUCCUCCACCGCUCGGCAAUCAACAGACCAUAGAUAAAUUGAUCGAGAAAUGGAGCAGUGAAGACGACGAGCUUCUCGACUCCCGCGCGAUCACCAAGAGGCAAAGAAAAUCGAAGGCAAUCGUAGAGGAAGAGGAUACCGAUGAAGAGGGCAAUGAGGAGGAGAGCAAGGAUCAAGCGGGCAAGGAGGAAGAGGGCAAGGAGGAGGGAGCCUCCUCAGAUAAGAAGAGCCAAAAGACGGCCAGCCAACGAAAGGCGAGUGAAAAGAAGGCAAGCGGAAAGAAGACGGGCCAAACCAAGAAGAGCUACAAGAAGAAGAUCCAUCGCAGCAAGUCAAUUAUCCACACCGACGAUUCAGACGCCGACUGA